UGAUGGCGACAGGUUUGGUAAAAUAACAGAUUUCUAAGAAACAAAAGUCUAACUAAUCUUGAGAAAUAAGCAGUGUAAUUUUCUUUAUUCAGCGCGUAUAGUUUGGUGGAGUGGGACAGUUGUCAUUCGACCGUUCGAUGUCGAUUGACAAUUUAUUCUAGAGAUAUUUUGUUCAUUGUUAUGUUUGUUAUUUUGGUUGUAACAUUAGCUUGCUAGGCUAGCAGAUUGCUAGCUAUAUAUCAAUAUAGUGACAAAUACAGCCUGCUUUAAAGGUAGUAAAACAAUGUUUCGGGAAAAAAUUUCGGACUCGAUGUACAUUUUCGGUUCAUUCAUUUGACAAUCUCGAACAGUGGGGCGCAAGCGGUGUCGUGUCUGAACUUGUUGAGGUUCUUUUGUUUACAAUGGCUGUCUACAGACUUUCCAGCUGACAUGGCGUAAUAUGUUAUGGGAAGUUAAUAAGACUGAACAAGUUGAGAAAAACAAGAUGGAUGCAAAUAGAAUGGAAGACUCUUUUGAUCUUCCGAAAUGCAAUGAGGCUCUGUCCUCAUCACCUGGCUGCCCCCCUACUCCCAUGGAGUAUGAUGACCUGCCAGAGCUGCAGGAGGUAGAGGAGAACCAGUCCUCUCUGGGGCUGUUCCAUGUGGGAACUGGGGUGUCACAUCAGGACUGUAUAGCUGGUUACCCUCACACCAAUUGGCUGACUGAGCUAGCUAACAUCGCCACCAGCCCUCAGAACCCCCUACUGCAGGAGCCUCCUCCCAUCAAGAGGUCGUCUCCUAUGCACAUCUUUGCCACCAGUCGUAGUUUACAUUCUUACGCCCGACCUCCCCUGGCUAGCAGUGCACCCAGCCCCUCUAGGGGUCACCUUAGGGAGCGCAACAGACGUGUCAGAGCCAGCAGUGAGUCAGAGUCUGGUGUGUUCUCUAUGUCAUCCUUCUCUGAUGAUGAGGACAUGGGUUGGUCUAACUCCUGGCCCUCAACUGCCUGGCACUGUUUCCUGAAAGGCACCCGGUUGCGGUUCCACAGGGGUUCUAACAAGGAGUGGCAAGAGGCUGAGGACCUGGGAGACUCUGAUGACGAGUCAGAUGAUGAUGAGAGAAUAAUGCCGUCCAUUGCCCGAAAGAGCUACGGUUCGGAAGGUCUGAAGCUAGUGGCCCACGAGGAGAACGUGUCUUACGGCCAGGCUGUCCUCAAACUCACCUUUGACCCCGGCUCGCCAGAAGAUGGCCUCUUAACGGCAGAGUGCAGAUUUGAUCACCCCUUCUUUGUGAAAAACAAAGGCUGGUCCUCAUUCUAUCCCAGCCUGACGGUGGUGCAGCACGGUAUCCCCUGCUAUGAGAUGCAGGUGGGGGACCUAUGUCUUCCUCCAGGCCACAGAGACUCCAUAAACUGUGACGACUCGGUUGUCUUUGACACCUUCAGGAGUUAUGACUUCACCCCUCUGGACUCUUCAGCUGUCUAUGUGCUGAGCAGCAUGGCCAGGCAGCGUAGGACCUCCCAGUCCAGCAGUGGCGCUGUCUCUCCUGACCCAGAGAAACUCUCCAGUUCCUUCCACCCCUCCUCCACCAGCAAAUCAAACAGGAGCAAUACCUCAGGGACAGCCCCUGGCGGGGCCACACCCACCAAAUGCAAGCGGCCAAUGAACGCCUUCAUGCUCUUCGCUAAGAAGUACCGGUUGGAGUACACACAGAUGUACCCUGGGAAGGAUAACAGAGCCAUCAGUGUAAUCCUGGGUGAUAAGUGGAAGAAGAUGAAGAACGAGGAGAGGAGGAUGUACACCAUGGAGGCCAAGGCUCUGGCUGACGAGCAGAAGAGACUCAACCCUGACUGCUGGAAACGCAAGAGAACCAACUCAGGGUCCCAGCACCAAUAGAUGGCCUGGUGAACAGACCGACCAGGUGAACAGACCGACCAGGCGACCCCACUAGCCUCUCUCGCCUGGUCCCAGAUCUGUUUGUGCUGUAUAGCCAACUAUGGUCGUUGGACCAUAAGACAGCACAAACAGACCUGGAACCAGGCUACUCUCUCUCUGCUCACCUGUCAAAUAUGAGACAUAACUGUGAUGCUGAAUACACUUGCUUUUAUAACUAAGAGACCUUAUAGAUAGGCCUACAAGAUAAAACGACAACUAUGAACUAUAUAUUAAAAAGCAGGUCAUCUAGUGUAACUAACCGUGCUUAUAUUUUCUUACAUUUUAAAAUGACAAGAGAUGCCUUGUUAUUCCUCUAUAAAAAAAAGGAAAGGCUCAGUUUUAUUUCUUCAGGUAAUUUCAUAUUUCAAGGCAUGAAACCUUGAGAUCAGGGUUGCAACAUUCUGAUAACUUUCCAAAGAUUCCCCAGGUUUUCCAGAAAUUCAGGUUGAAAGACUCCCAGAAUCAGGAGGGUAUAAGCAAGAAAUCCAGAAUCCUCCAACCAGCAAUUCUGGAAAACUUGAGAAUUUUGGUAGAGUUACUGGAAAUUGAGAAUCCUACUUGAGACCCAGUGGUGCUAAGUUCGGUUAAGGAAGGAGGAGCAGUGAUACAGAAGUUAUAUUUUUAAUUGUAAAAUAAAUAAGGGGGAUUUUAAAUAGCUUUGGUAACACUUUAUUUUAAGGGUCCAUAAUAAAGCAUUUAUUAUAAGGCAUUUACAAACCACUUGCUCAUCAUUUAUUAAUCAUUAAUCAUGCAGGAAUGUCUACCAAUGGCAUGUCACUCAAAAUAUUUAUAAAAUAUUCAUAAAGUAUAAAUAGUGCUCACUUUAGGGACUGCAAAAAUACUUGACUAAUUAUUAGUAAAUGGUUUAUAAAUGUGGGCGUAAUGAUUAAUAAAUGGUGACCACACAAUUUAUAAAUGCCUUAUUAAAUGGUUUAAUACAGAACCUUACAAUGGUGUUUUUUCUCUUCUCAGCUGUAGUUCAUAUUGACUUAUAUUUGUACAACUCAAUAUAUUGCACAGAUUGAUAAAGCCUUUCAUGCAUUGUAUCAUACAGUACAUGACCAAAAGUAUGUGGACACCUGCUCGUCGAACAUCUCAUUCCAAAAUCAUGGGCAUUAAUAUGGAGUUGGUCCUCCUUUGCUGAUAUAACAGCGUCUACUCUUCUGGGAACUCUUUCCACUUGAUGUUGGAACAUUGCUGCCGGGCCAUUUUUUUUUAUUUAACCUUUAUUUAACUACGCAAGUCAGUUAAGAACAAAUUCUUAUUUACAAUGAUGGCCUACACCGGCCAAACCUGGACGAAGCUGGGCCAAUUGUGUGCCUUGCCUAGUCUCGCAUUGUCUUGUUUUGAUCUCUGUUUUUUGUUUAUUAUUAUUAUUACUCUCAGAAGGACCAACCAAAAGCAUCUGUUGGAGACACAGGUAGAGUGGCGAAGGAGGUGAUCCCCCUUAACUCCUUAUAAGGAACCACUCUCCUGGCCUCUGGUCAUUCUCAAGCAUGCUUCUCCUCACACUCUUGUGAGCCGUGAAAUGCUGUGAUACAUCUCACUUAUAUCAGAGAACCAGGGUUACGAAAGUAACCUUAAGUUCUCUUUCAAAUACUAAUUUCAAUGUAUCACAUACUCUAUGGUGAUAUGGCCAACUCUCGUAUCGCAAACAUGCUCACCGAAGCCAGGGUAGUCCCAACAUCAGCAACCCUCAGAGGCUCUGAAGCUGAGGAAGUGCGCAUGCAAGAAGUUGCAGAAACAAGUUGUUGGGAAUACUUCAUAACAAAGUGAGGGGAAACCCAAAACAUGGUGCGCAAAUCUCAGUUUAAUGAGAUAUGUCUCUUUCGAGGGUGGUAACCGAAUGAUUGAAAGCAUUACACCCUUGCCUGAGCCUUCGUUCAAUACAAGUAGAUGUGCAAUGCGUGUACUGGACAACAACAGGAACGCCUUUAUAGGCUCCAAGGUGCGACAAAAAUAAAUUGUCGACCUGGACCAAAGGAUUGGGUUAGGUAUAGGGUUAGCCUGAAAAACCCUGGGGCAGAAUGUGGGUGUGAACAGUGGCUGGUAGAGCACUGUCCACACACUCACUUUAGGGAUGCCAAAAGCAAAAGAUGGAGGAAUAUUGCUUCUCAGCGGCUAGUAGCUGCUGUGAAAGAAUCUUAAGCACAAUAGACAUGUCCCAGGUUGAGUAACCUCAUCCCUAGGCUAUUGCGCACGGCGCAAUAUAAGCCUUGGAUAUCAACGAUUCAAAGUUGGCCUUAGUGGGAGUGACCAUAGAAUUUUAUGUGAGUGACCUACUGAGUAAUGUAUUUGUCAUCAUUUAAUUUUGGAGAAUCACAUGACUGCAAAGAGUGGGAAGGGUUAAGGGGAAGGUGUUGUGGGUGACGAUUGGUUGGUAGAUUAAGCCGAUUAAGCCAAUGCCUAUGCAAUGGGAGUUUUUCCCAUUCUUUCUGUAUUGGCUAACGAAGGCCAACAAGUUUGACGCGUUGGUCCACCCGACCUUCUCUCUGUCCAAAAAAGUCCUGCAAGGAGCAUAAGACCAUGGAACACAGUGUAGGACGAAACAAUCUGUUUAGUCAUACCACUUCUGUAAAACAGAGAGCAUGCAUAAGGAGGUUGGCCCUCUUUUUCAAGAGUCGAAGACCUGCAUUUCUUUCCUUAAAAUGUAAAAAAAAUAAUUGUUUAAUUAUGUCACCAGCUAUGCCCCGAGAGAGUAGAGAAUUGCUUUGUUUGCUAGGGUAUAAACCCUGCAUGCGUCAAUAGCUGCCAGGACUGGUUGUGAGUAGGGUAUAACUGCUGCCCGAAAGUCACUGGCCAUCGAGGGGCUUGAAGAUGAGGGUUGAGGCCCUAUUCCCUUGCUCUGUGUAGACGGAAAAGGGAGGGUAGGUAACAUAGUUGAAAAAGCAUACGGCAUCCCUCUAUUUCAUUGGUUUAUCAGCUCUCCCGCCCCAAAUGGCGUGGUCACCGUUUUUGGGAUGGGGUCUCCCAUGGCCCUCACAGGGUCUUCGCUUCUAUCAGGGUGCAGCAAGUCAGUCCGGAUAGAUGUGGGAAGUGGGCUCUCUCUAGACAGAGCAGGCAAUGUAUCUGAAGGAAGAAGUAUUCAAAAUCCUGUAUUCAUAAAAAAAAAUCCUGUAUUCACUGAGAAGUAGAAAAGCAAUUGACACAAAGCAAAAACCUUUCGUUCAGUACUCAACCUCUCAACAGGGUCUGAAGAGCUACGCUCAGCAAAAAUAUCCUACACGGUUCGCUUCAGAGCAAAUAAGCAGGAAACAGGGCUCCAGUCAUGCUGAGAUCUAGAGAGCAAUAGUCUUCACGAGGAAGAUGAACGAGAAUGACCAUAGGCUUGGAGAGUGGCUCCUUAUAAGAAAAUGAGGGGCUCACCUCAUUUUCCACUCUGUCUCCAACAUAUGAUUUCUAUUGGCCCUUCCAAGAGUAUUGGUGAUCCUAGCGAAUCCCCAUAUGUGAUACAUCGAAAUGAGUAUUUGAAGGAGAACCCUUAUGUUAUUGUUCCAUUGCAAAACAUUUGGAAAGGUUUCCUUCCAUGCUCUAAUGAACAUAACUCAGAUACCCUGUUUCCUGAUUCACACUUUAGGGUCGAACCAAACUAUUAUGGCUUGGAUAUUUUAUUUUCACAUUGUGCUUUCUAGCAUGGUUUCAGGAACUGUGAUAGAUGUAUAACCAGGCCUCUCAGCACAGCUCGGCUAGACUUGGCUUAGCCCUUUAGUGUGAAUCAGGCAUCUAGUUGCUAAACCAGCUGGUCGUGUGCCGGUGAUGAUGUAUGUUUCUACACAUGGAUGUUUUGCACACUCUUCCAAACAGAACUUCAGGCCCAAGCCUUCACUUUUAGUGUUUUAAUUUCUUUUUGCACUUUAUAUACAGUACAUAUGUAAUCUUAUACAGUACAACCAAUUAAAUGUAUGCUAGUGAAAGCUACUGGUAACUGCCAAAAUAAAGGAAACGUGAGUAAUGAGGGAUACAAAGUAUAUCGAAAGCAGGUGCUUCCACACAUAUAUGGUUCCUGAGUUAAUUAAGCAAUUAAAACAUCACAUCAUGCUAAGGGUAAUGUAUAAAAAUGCCCAGUUGCCCAUUAUUUUGAAAUAGGGGUUUAAAGGGUGUGUGUGUGUGUGUGUGUGUGUGUGUGUAUUUGUAUUUAUCAUGGAUCCCUAUUAGCUACUCUUCCUGGGGUCCAGCAAAAUUAAGGCAGUUUAUACCAUUUUUAAAACAUUACAAUACAUUUAAAGAUUUCACAACACACUGUGUGCCCUCAGGCCCCUACUCCACCACUACCACAUAUCUACAGUACUAAAUCCAUGUGUAUGUGUAGUGCUUAUGUUAUCGUGUGUGUGUGUAUGCGCCAAUGUUUGUGUUGCAUCACAGUCCCCGCUGUUCCAUAAGUUGUUUUUUUUUAUAUGUUUUUUUUAAAUCAAAUUUUACUGCUGGCAUGAGUUACUGGAUGUGGAAAGGAGUUCCAUGUAGUCAUGACUCUAUGUAGUACUGUGUGCCUCCCAUAGUCUGUUCUGGACUUGGGGACUGUGAAGAGACCUCUUGUGGCAUGUCUUAUGGGGUAUGCGUGGGUAUCCAAGCUGUGUGACAGUAGUUUAGACAGACAGCUCGGUGCAUUCAACAUGUCAAUACCUCUCAUAAAUAAAAGUAGUGAUGAAGUCUAUCUCUCCUCUACUUUCAGACACGAGAGAUUGACAUGCAUAUUAUUAAUAUUAGCUCUCUGUGUACAUCCAAGGGCCACCCGUGCUGCUCUGUUCUGAGCCAAUUGCAAAUUUCCAAAGUCCUUUUUUGUGGCACCUGACCAUAUGACUGAACAGUAGUCAAGGUGUGACAAAACUAGGGCCUGUAGGACCUGCCUUGAUGAUAGUGUUGUUAAGAAGGCAGAGCAGCAAUUUAUUAUGGACAGACUUCUCCCCAUCUUUGCUACUGUUGUAUCAAUAUGUUUUAACCAUGACAGUUUACAAACUCCAAGCAGUUCAGUCAUCUCAACUUGCUCAAGUUCCACAUGAUUUAUUACAAUAUUUAGUUGAGGUUUAGGGUUUAGUAAGAGUUUUGUUCCAAAAACAAUGCUUUCAGUUGUAGAAAUAUUUAGGGCUAAUUUAUUCCUUGCCACCCACUCUGAAACUAACUGCAGCUCUUUGUUGAGUGUUAAGUAAUCUGCAUACAUAGGCACUCUGGCUUUACUCAAAGUCAGUGGCAUGUCGCUCGCAAAAAUUUAAAAGGCAAGGGUCCUAAACAGCUACCCUGGGGAAUUCCUGAUUCUAACUGGAUUAUAUUUGAGAGGCUUCCAUUAAAGAACACCCGCUGUGUUCUGUUAGAGAAGUAACUCUUUUCCCACAUUAUAAAGCCAUAACACAUAAGUGUUUCCAGCAGCAGACUAUGAUUGAUAAUGUCAAAAGCUGCACUGAAGUCUAACAAGACAGCCCCCACAAUCAUUUUAGAUUUCAAACCAAGCUUCAGGGGAGUCGUCUGAAGGUAAACCAGUAUCGGCCUGUAAAAAAAAUAGGUUGUAAAAAGUUUGGUCCCAAAUAACAUGACGAAACAGGUUUAAAAUGUAUUUAUUUAUUGGAGUUUUCUCCUCUCAGAUAUAGAUACCUUAUUCCUUAUGAUUUAUUUUUGGACUGAAAUCUAGAGGCUUGAUGUUGGUGUUUCCUUUAUUUGGCAGUUACCUGUGUAUAAAAUGACGUACGAUAUAUCUUCAAGAGAUCUAUCAGUUUUUUACAUUGACACAAACAUGUUCAAACUGUAUACAGUAGGUCUAGCCUGAGUGGCAGUCUGUUUUUUGCUCUAUGGCAUGACAAUGAAUGACAAGGAGUUGGCAGUACAGCAUAAAAAGACUGGCACCCAGGCACAGGUCAUGUGAUGUUUUGCUUGCAGGUUGCCAUGGCGUUGAAUUUAUACAGCUUUGUUGUUGAUAAUGUACAGGUCCACGCCCCACCAAACUCAAAAUAUCCUUGUACUAUAUUUUAAAUAAAAGUUUAAACUUGCAAUCUUA